AUGGCGGACUCUACGAUCACGGAGGAGAAGAGUGGCAUGCUGCACGCGGAUGGUAACGACGGGGAAAAGGAGUCGUCGUCUGUCGACCUGGAGGAGGCCCGUCAUGAUGAUCCAAUACCGUCCGCCGAGGAUGUCGAGGAGGAAGAUGAAAAGCCACAGCAGCAUGUGGCUGACCGUCGAGAGGGAUUCCGGUUCAUGUGGACUCUUCGCCUGAUCCUCUGCUUCUGCAUCGGCCUGGUCGGCUGCCGCAUCGUCCUGGCUGCAGUCAGUCUUUACCCGGGAAGACACCGUGCCGGCACAACGUAUGCUCCUGGCCCGACCAGUCCCACAACGGUGCAUCACACAAUAUGGCGACACAGGAUCCCAGCAGACAAGGCCUUCAUCUUCGAGAUGGAGGCAGAGUUGGAACGUCUCGAAUCCGACCAAGAAGACACCGCCUCCAUUCCGCCGCGGACCCUUAACGCCAGCAAGGCGUGUCUCGCCGGCAUAAUCCAGUGGGAGUCCUCGACCAGAUGCAACCUGCGCUUCACAGAAGAUGAGCUGGAGCAGAUGCUGCACGACCCCGAUCCCGGCCUGCGCACGAGCUUCUGCGACGAGACGUGCCGAGGGGGCUCGUGGCUGAGCGGGUGUCGGCCGCGCGCAGACCUCACCCAGAAGGUGACCGACUUUAUUGCCCAGAGCGUCUCGCACCGAGAGAGGCGGUCGACCUACUGCAAGGCUAUAGCGCCCGCCGCGGAGCACGAUGACUGCGGCAAGGCCCUCGUCGGUAUGAACAGGACGGACUGGGCUUUUACGCUCCGUGAUUUCAACCAGGACUUCAUGAGCCAGGUGGACCAGGCGCUGGAGGAGCUGCUGGAAACCCAGUGGGCGGUGGAUGCUGCUGCUGCUUCUGCUGCUGCUGCUACUGCUGCUACUGCUGAUCCUGCGCCGACCUUAGAGCAGCGACAGGAGUAUCCCGACCUCCGGGCCAAAGCCCAAAAGCCCCUCCUCGGCGAGACGCCCUCGCAGCAACAGCAACAGAGGCAGCGGCAGCAACAGCAGCAGCAGCAGAAGCAGAAGCAGCUAGGCGCCACCAUCUGUGCUGGCUGUUUCUGGCGGCAGGUGGCCGGCGCCCGCAUGCGAGAGGCGAGGACCUUUAUAGCCAUAGCGCCCUCCGCCGCCGAGUACGUCGAGUUUGUAAAGCGGUACCACGCCGCGUGCACGUCUCUGGGGGCGGACUGGCUCGGCGACGUGCCCUACGGAGACGACCCGUUGCUCUGGCGCGUGCAGACGCCGAGCGGGGACGUCAUGCGGUACGUCGACUCGGACGAGUGGGACGAGGCGUGGAUGCCGGCUGGGCGCAUCUAUGCCCUGAACGAGGCGACGCGGCAGGUCACCUGGCGCGAGAAGUCGGCGAACAGGGCGAGUUCGCUGUGGGAGGUGCUGCUUGCUGAGAGGACGCUCAGGUACGUACGGGAGGACAGAUGGGAUGAAUGGAGGCGCGAGAUUGAGUGUAGGAGGUUGGCGGAUGCGGAGUUUUGGGAGCAAGUGGGUGGUAAGCAUCUCGUCAAACACAGGGGUCAAGAUGCCGUCAUAAUGCUUAUGGCAAACGGAAGACAAGUGAGAGAAUGA